AUGCAUGCAAACGCUGAGAAUUCCCGGUUAGCAGCAGCAGCAGCAACCAGCCGUAAGGCGCAGCAGCAGAACGAAGUGGAGGUGCUGGUUGACCUGUACCCGUUCAUCCGCAAAUACAAGGACGGCCGUGUGGAGCGUUUCGUGAGCAGUCCAUUCGUGCCUGCAGAUGAGCACGGCCGUGUGGCAACCAGGGACAUCGUCGUCGACCAAGGCAGCGGCGUCUCCGUUCGCCUCUUCCUCCCCUCCGGUGCCGGUGCCGCCGUGGAUUCCGGCACCGGCGAGGCCUGCAGGACGAGGCUUCCCCUUGUUGUCUACUUCCAUGGCGGCUCCUUCUGCUCCGAGAGCGCCUUCUCCAGGACGUACAACCGGUACGCGUCCUCCCUCGCCUCCAACGCCGGGGCUCUCGUCGUGUCAGUGGAGUACCGCCUGGCGCCGGAGUUCCCCAUACCGGCUGCCUACGACGACGCCUGGACAGCGUUCCAGUGGGUGCAGAUGCAGCUUCAACAGGUGCCAUCUUCACUGUCUUUCUCAGCCGAUCCAUGGAUCGCCGACUACGCGGACCCAACGCGCACGUUCCUGGCCGGCGACAGCGCCGGGGGCAACAUCGCUUACCACACGGCUGUACGCUGCUGUCAUCAUCAUCAUAACUUGGAGAUCGAAGGGCUGAUCAUGGUGCAGCCCUACUUCUGGGGAUCCGACGGCCGGCUGCCUUCCGAGACGGACGACCCCGUCCCGGCCGGUUCCUUGUUCAUGCCGGCUUACGGCGUGGACAGGCUCUGGCCGUUCGUGACCAACGGCAUGGCCGGCAACGAUGACCCCCGUAUCAACCCUCCCGUCGAUGAGAUCUUGUCGCUGUCGCUGACAUGCCGUCGUGUACUUAUGGCCGUGGCCGAGAAGGACACCUUGCGAGACCGAGGACUACGGCUGGCGGAACGCAUGGCGCCGCUGACCGACAUGGCGGUGGUGAAAUCGGAGGGCGAGGAGCAUGGCUUCCACCUCUACAACCCGCUUCGAGCCACCAGCAAGAAGCUCAUGAAGAGCAUAGUACAAUUCAUCGGAAACAAGCCGUCGCCUGCGCCGCUCGCCGUAGCGCCAUCACUCGUGCUAGGCGCGCCAACCAGGCCGUUUAAGGACGUGUUUGGUUAUGGGAUGGCCAUGAAACGUUGGACACCACCGGAUGCACGCCCUAAUCAUAUCAUCACAGCACUACGUACUAAUAAUGCGUUAAAAUCUGGAACUAAUAAGAUCAAAAGCUAUAGGUUAUUCUCAGGGCCACUGCUGCCUCGUAAACACCAAUUCUCUGAGGCAGUAGUUCCGUGGGCGUGGAAUUCUCUGAUCAAGAAGUACGGCAACUUCUAG